AUGGGAAUAUCCUCCAGCAAACCCCCACCACCACCACCCCCAGGCGGAGGUAUAAGCGGGGCAAACUGGCACAACAGCAACCACUACCACUACAACAACUACCAAAGUAAUAGUAAAACCCCCUACGACGACAACAACAACAACCGGCGAUUGCUCAGACCAAAACGACCCCGAGUAAAAUCCCGGUCUUCCCUCCCAACCUCCCAAACACCAGUGGCCCAGCCCACUAUGCCCUCCUUCUUCUCCUUCGAGCAAGGAUCCGAACGCACCCAAAACGUCCGUUUCUUCAACGGUGAAUCCUCCCCUCUCCUCGGCCGGUUCCGCGCCGUUCCUCGACCAAACACCACCUUUGGCGGCCCUCAUAGGACGAACACGGGCGGUAGCAUCAGUAGUAUUGGUAGCGGUCCGACAGGCGGGAGGGCGAGGCACUACCACCCGCCACGAGGAGGAGCGCAGGCUGGGAUAAUAAAUGAGCCCGGGUGGAGGGGCAGUGUUCAUGUGGGCUAUGGGGCUAUCGUAGCUGCUGAGGCCGAGGCGGAGGAGGAGGCCGGGGACGGGGAUGAUGAGGCGGAGAGUGACUCGGAUGAUUCCCAGGGCCCGGGGUGGAGGAGGAUGGGGAAGGGGACCAGGAGGUUAAGGAGGGUGGUGAGACGGAUGAGGGAUACGUGGGUUGAUCCCAAGGCGGGAGUGGUGAGGAGGCUGGUGGACGUUUGGUGGAGCAGAUGGGCUGUGCUGGUGGUGCUACCUGCUAGUUUGGCUGUGGCAUGGUGCGCGAUACCUUUCCCGCAGUACCCCAUCCCGUGGGACGACGACGACAACUCUGGAGUACCUGGGCAGACCCCUAGCGGGAAGGUGCCCGGUCACGGAGCAGCAAGGGUGCAGGUCAACUUUUGGUUCUUUUUGUUUGUCUACUACAGCUUCUACAACCUGACGGCCUUGAUUUGGAUCACGAAGGUUUUCAACAUUUACAGCCUCAACUGGUGGCCGCAGUCUCUCGGCUUUCCUGUCACUGUCUCCGCCAUCGCCAUCCUGUCGCUUGCGGCGCCGCUACCGCUCUACCUGGUUCCUGAGGCGAGAUGGCUGACGGCGCACAACACGGUGUGGAUCUCGUGGACAUUCUGCAUCAUGGCCAUGCCCGUCGCCAUCGCGUUUUUCAUUCUCAUGACCAACGAGCGCCAUCUUGGCCUCCGCCAUUCUUUGUCAGAGACUCAACGCAUCUUCACCUCAUCCUGGUGGACGGGCGAGCGUGAAGACACCAUUUCCAGGAGAGAAAGACGUCAGCGCGCUGCCCUGGACCCAAGCACAUUCGAUCCUAACGCUGAUCCUUCGCAAAUCGGGUACAACGACGCUCGAUACCAGCCCCGAGCACGCAGGAUAAGACGGCGGUGGUUACCGGCCAGCUUUGUCAGAUUUGUCUGGUUCUGUCUCGCGUUGUUGAUCGGCUUGCUGGCCUAUGUUAUUGGAGAGGCCUAUGCCGAGAUUUACCUCCGGACGCUGCCGCAUAACAACUUGGAGACGAUUGUGUAUGUGUAUGGCUGGAUCUCGACCGUUCACCUGCUCGACGGUUUGACGGGGUGGAUUUUGGGCGGGCAGGAGGGGGAGAGGGUGGGGAGUUACCCCCUGAGUUGGAUUUUCAAGCUAUACUUUAUGCUCACGUACCAAACCUACGUCCGCGCCCUAUACGCCCGCCUCCGCGAUCCCAAACAGUUCAUGUACCUCCAGAUCCUGUCAUCAACCAGCCUCAUCGUCGUGACCCCCAUCCUGAUGUCCCGCUCAGUCCACUGGGUGUUCUCCAUCCUCGGACUAAACGGGCAGUCGUAUGGCUCCUACCAGAAGAUUUGCAUACGCAACGUCUUCAUCCGCUUCAUGGCCGAGAACGCGUCCAUGCUCGCCUUUUUGGGGAGCGUGGUGGUGUUGCACUUUGGGGCGAACAAGGAUGUGUACCCGUACUUUUCGUUUGACGGCGCGGACGAGACGGAGCAGUACACGUUUAACCUGACUUUCAAGGCGUCGAGCAUCACUUGGGCGUGCGAGCUGGCGGCGAGCUUUGUCGUGGCGGGGCUGAUCAGGUUGAUUUAUGGGGUUAGUGUGGUGGUGGAGGGGAAGCUGGACUUUGCGGUUUGGCCGGAGCUGUUGCCGACGGCGGUGGCGGUGACGCUGCAUGUGCUGCAGAAUAUGUUGUUUUCGAUCGUGAGAUUGCAGUUUAGAUGA